UUUGCAGACUCCGAACUCUCGUCCUUCUCUCUCUCUCUCUCUCAGCUUUCUCUCUCUAAAAUCCCCAAGGCCUGAGGGGCAGGCCUAAACUUUACCCUAAAACCACUUUUUCGUUUUGAAUUUCAAAUUCGAAAUGUAAACGACCACAUUGCAUUGCAAGUCUAGUUUCAUAAUUUAUUAGCAAUUUAGGGUUUCCAAGUUUGGAUCUUUUUCUCUCAAUUAGGAAAUUCAAUUAUGGGAGACUCUACCUGUCUCAUGCAGCCCUUCUCUUACGCUUCAGGAAUCCCCAAUGAGUCAAUCGAGGGGAAUCCAAUUCAUGCUCUUGGGCAUUCGGUUUCAUUUGGGAGGUUUAUGACAGAUUCAUUAGCUUGGGAGAAAUGGUCAUCAUUCUCUCACAAUCGAUAUGUCGAAGAGGCUGAGAGGUAUGCUCAACCCGGCUCAGUUGCACAGAAGAAGGCUUUCUUUGAGGCACAUUACAAGAAGGUUGCUGCUCAGCGAGCUGCGGCCUUGCUUGAACAAGCAAAUGCGGCUGCGAAAUCCAACAAUGCUGCUCCACCUAAACCCCAAGCCGAGGUCCCGGAUCCCCCAAAGUACAUGAUCUGUGAGCAGGAGCUAAGGGAGAAGGUGAAGGAGCGAAAUGGAUUUCGUUCGAAAGUUGGAAUGGACAAAUUCGAAAGCAUUGAAAUGGUGAAAGUAGCUGAAGAGAAUGCUGAAGACGCACAGAGAGAAGAAGAAGCUGUACUUGUGGAUACCAGUGGGUAUAACUCAAGCAUUGAAAUGGAGAACUGUGAAAGAGUGCAUCCUAUUACUGAAUACCCAGUUUGGGAGGAGAACUCUGCAGUGGCUGAACUUUCAACCCCGAUGCAAGAUGCUGAUACCGACAAGGUGGAAAAUGUCAUGGAGCUCGAACACAGUGGUACACUUCAGAUGGAAAAGCCUCUGUUAAAGGAGAGUCGCAGCUCUAAUCAAGAAGCUUCAUUACCAGCAAAAAAGAAGAAAAUUCUUUUUUCGUCAAAGUCAUCAUCAAUGUAUCACAAAGCACCUAAGCCCCCAACUUCUCCAUCCAAACCCACAGCUUCUUGCUUUCCGAGAAGGGAAGGUAAUGCCACUCCAUUGCAAAAAGCACCCAAGGCCCCAACAUCCCCAUCCAAACCCACAGCUUCUUGUUUUCCGAGGAGGGAAAGUAAUGCCACUCCAUUACUCAAAGCACCCAAACCCCCAACAUCUCCAGCCAAACCCACAGCUUCUUGUUUUCCAAGAAGGGAAGGUAAUGCCACUCCAUUACAUAAAAAGCUGUCAUCAGCUUCUGAGGAGAAGAAAAGAUCUACACCAAAAUCUCUUCAAAAGUCGGUCAGUUUUACACCCAUCAGAGAGCUCUCUAGGUUUACUUCAACAGUCAUGAGAAAGAUUGAGAACUCAAGAGUUGGUACAAGUUCUUUCAAGACACCUAAAGAUUGCCUAACUCUUCCAAAAACUCCAACCACGGUAUCUAAGAAUGAGGUGCACAAGCAUCCUUCAAUAACUCCUUGUUCAGAAAAGAGAAGGGCAAAAACGCCAGGCUAUCCGUCAUCAGUCACUGGAGCCAAAAUGUUUGGGCCCAAAUGGCGCUCAAUCCGUACAGAUUGCUCAAAAAUUUUGAGUGCCUGCAGAAACAAAGCGCAAUCCCCAUUUUCAUCUGCCUCUUUCAACUUAAGAACUGAAGAACGAGCUGCAAGUAGAAAGAAGAAGCUCGAAGAAAAGUUCAAUGCUGAUGAGGCACAACAAGUGCAGGAGAAAGCAGAAAUAGAAAUUCGAAAGUUCCGUCAAAGCCUUUGCUUCAAAGCCAGGCCACUGCCCAAUUUUUAUAAAGAAAGAAAAGCACCACCCAAUGACGUAAAGAAGGUUCCGGUGACUAAUUCACAGACAGUAGGGAAAAAGCAUAGUCCAAGAGGCGCAAUCUCUGUACCUCCUAAUGAGCCUUCAAUCAAGAGUAGUGGCUCCAAGCAUGCACAGAUCCAAGGAAGGAAUAAGGAAACCCCAACUUGUUCUCUCAUUACACGAGCCUUAAAGACUGUUCAUGAGAACACAUCUCCAAAUAUUCAGUCCUCCUGAGCUUAAGCAACUUUAGAGAUAGGGCUGAUGGCACCUCAUACUAAAAUGGAUUUGCCAGACCAAGGAUGCAUAAUGAUUUUGAGCAUAUUCUUGCUUGUGGUAUGAAGUGUAUUGUAGACAUAAAUUUUACGCUGUAAAAUCUCUUAGUUUCCUGUACUAAUAGUUUUUGUCAGUCUAGGACUUGUAUUAGUUGUGGAAGCCAGCAAUAAUGUGGAAGCUUGCCAUUUGGAUAUAGGAUCUGGCAUCUCCUCAUUUGGCAAGAAAACUAGGAGGUAUUACACACCACUCUUUGUCGACGAGCAUUUAUGUGUUUGAAAUUGACUUUAAGGAUUGCGAAAAUGAGAUUCUAAAAUUUAAA